AAUUCCCGGCAGGCAUUGCGAAACCUUCCCCGUUCUUAGCCCGAUGACCGGCUUCUCAGGCUGCCGGUCAACAGGAUCCCGUCUCUAAUUGGCCAAGUUCCGCGGCGCUUACCCGCCUCCAGCCGCGUGCGUUGGUGCGCUCGGGAGCGGACAUGGCGGCCCUCGGAGUGCAGCUGGUGGUGACCCUGUUCACUGCCACCCUCAUGCACAGACUGGCCCCACACUGCUCCUUUGCCCGCUGGCUGCUCUGUAAUGGCAGUCUGUUCCGCUACAUACACCCGUCCGAGGAGGAACUGCGGAUGCUGGCAGGGAAACCAAGGCACCGAGGCAGGAAGGACCGAUGGGCAAACAGCCUUCAUGACGAGAAGCCAUUGUCAGUGCCUCGAGAUGCCCCUUUCCAUCUGGAGACCUGUCCCCUCACUGCUGCGGAUGCCCUAGUCCUGCGCUUCUUUCUGGAAUACCAGUGGUUUGUGGACUUCGCGGUGUACUCUGUCGGUGUGUUCCUCUUCACGGAGGUCUACUAUUUUGUGCUGGGCCCAGUCCAAGAGACCAACAUUGCCGUGUUCUGGUGCCUGCUCACACUGACUUUUUGUCUCAAGGUGUUCCUCAUGGUGACCCGACUGUACUUCAGUGCCAAAGAUGGUGGCGAGCGCGCAGUCUGCCUCACCUCCGCCCUCCUCUUCCUCCUCUUAGCCAUGCUAGUGCAGGUGGUGCGGGAGGAGCUCCUGGAGCUGGGUCUGGAACCAGGUCUUGCCAGCAUGGCCCAGAACCUAGAACCUGUGCUGAAGAAACAGGAUUGGGACUGGGCACUCCCGGUGACCAAGCUGGCCAUCCGCCUUGGUCUGGCGAUGCUGGGUUCCUUGCUGGGCGCCUUCCUCAUUUUCCCAGGCCUGAGGCUGGCGCAGACGCACCAGGACGCACUGACCCUGUCUGCAGACCGGCCACUAUUGCAGCUGCUCCUGCACACCAGCUUCCUGUCGCCCCUGUGCACCCUGUGGCUCUGGACAAAGCCUAUCGCUCGUGACUUCUUAUACCAGGCACCCAUGAGGAACAUGACCUCUUCUCUGCCGUCAGAAGGGGCCUUCGAUUCCCUGCGUCUCUGGGUGCUGGUGGUGCUGUGCCUGCUGCGGCUAGUCGUGACCCGGUCACAUCUGCAGGCCUACCUUUGCCUGGCCAAGACUCGAGUGGAGCAGCUGCGCAAGGAGGCUGGCCGCAUUGAGGCCCGCGAGAUUCAACAGCGGGUGGUCCGGGUCUACUGCUAUGUGACCGUGGUGAGCCUGCAGUACCUGACGCCGCUCAUCCUUACUCUGCACUGUACCCUGCUGCUCAAGACCUUGGGUGCGGGGCUGGUGGGGAAAGAGGCUGGGGCCAGAUCUGGCGGCUACUCUUGGGCCCUGGGCCCUGUUCCAACCCCACUGACCCCACGCCAGUCUUCAGACAUUUUGAUCUCUGUGGACCCAGCGGAGGAUGAAGCCCAGCAGACGGCGGCCCAAGUCGCAGGGGUCCUGGGCAGCCUGCUUACGCCCCUCUUACUCCGUGGUGUGCUGGCCUACCUCAUCUGGUGGACUGCUGCCUGCCAGCUGCUCUCCAGCCUCUUUGGCCUCUAUUUCCACCAGCGCCUGGCAGUUUCCUAGCGUGAUUUCACUAGGCACUGGCGUCUGACCCCAGUUCACAGGAUUGGAUCUAUCUGUCCCCUGUGUGUGCACCUCAGUGCCUAGAUCAUGGACUCCUUGAAUCAGGUUUCCCUGGACCUGGAGGCCAUGGUCCUCAAGUGUGUGUGUGUGUGUGCGCACACACGCAAGAGUGCAUGCCUGCAUGUGUGUACAAGAUGUCAGUGGGAGGCUGCUCUCAAUAAAAGGUGUGGGCCACUUUUACAGAAAUAUGCCAGAGGCUAGGGAGAUAAGCAGGGGAGACUUGGGUGGUGAGAAGGGCUUAGGAGAGUGGUACUAGGCAGGAGUGGAAAGACGGAGGAGGUUCGAGAUUGCCAGAAAGCUAGGGAUAGAGCUCAGGCCCAGCAUCCACGUGUCCCUGGGGUCUAUCACUAUCACUGGGAGGGAAUGAGACGAGUCACCAUGCCCACCUCCCAGCACACUGGGGAGGCUGAGGCAAGGGGAUUAGCCUAGACUAGUAACAAGAUCAUGUCUCCAAAACAAGAAAACAAGGGGGAGAGGAAAGUCAGAGAGAACUGUUACCAGCCUUGGAAGCUGUGAGGUGACUGCUGACAUGUAUUCAAGACCCUGGUGACCGAGGGUCACCACUAACUUCAGCGUUGUCCCAUUCCUGUGACUGUAUGUGCACGUGUUCAUGAGACAUGCAUGGGCUGUGUGGCCCUCCUACAUACGGAAAAUGUAUAUUGAGAAUAAAAAUGGAGGCCUCCUGUA